AUGGCGCAGUACACGCACAAUCACGACCUCUACACUCCUUAUUCCCGCAAAAAAAAAGAUAUACAGGCGAGAUCUAAGCGCGUCUGGGUCUCGUGUACAGUGGUGGGGAUGGGGGAUGUGCAGGGCUGUUUAGGUGAGAUGGGGGGUUGA